GGAAGAGACACUAUGGCGAUCCUUAUUGAGUGUCUCCCAGUCGCGACAAGAUGGGCUUGAGAGGAAAGAAGUCUGCCAAGGCCUGAAGCUCCAAGCCAUCAACAACCCCAAAUGGCCUCCCAAGAAGUUGGUAAUGCAGAGCUGGGGACAGCCUCAGCAAGUGGUACCCCAGGAAGCCAUGUGGAACCAGGGGUGGUGAAAAAUUCUGCCUACCAGCCCAUUGAUAGAUCACAAAAUUACCAAAAAGUGGAUCUUCAAGCCCUUGGGGCCAUCCAGAUCCUGAAUGGAGCAAUAAUUCUGGCUCUGGGUGUUUUUCUGGGUUCCUUACAAUCCUUACCCCAUCUCCUCGACAGCUAUUUGUCUACCUUCUACACAGGCUAUCCGCUAUGGGGCACUUCAUUUUAUAUUAUUUCAGGAUCCUUAUCUGUUGCAGCUGGGAUAAAACCCACAAGAAAACUGGUGGAAACCAGUUAUGGGAUCAACAUGUCCAGUGCUACAAUUUCACUAGCUGGGUUUAUUAUACUCUCACUGCAUUUAGCAGUUAAUAAGCAGUCAAUCAAGACUUGUCCAUUUUCACAGUCACCAGACUCAUGUAUUUACAUGGGUGCCACAGCAAAUGGCCUUGUGUCUAUAAUGCUGAUCUUUACCUUGCUGGAAUUGUGCAUAACCGUCUUUCUCUCAAUCGUAUGGUUCAGAGCAAAUUGCUGCCAUUCAAGAGAGGCAAUUUUGCCACCUCCCAAUUCUGUGGAAUCAGGAAUGCCUCCUGAUGAAAGUAAAUCUGAGAAUAAGGAAAUUCAACUUCAAGUCUCCCAAUAAGUCAGAGCUCCAUCCAAGAACUCAAGAGAAGAUGAGCCUGUGAAACACAUUUCUACUAUCAUGGCACCAAUCAUGAGAAACUUGGACAUUUAACUCAAUCCUUUCUGUCCUAAUUAUAAAUCCCAUUACUAUGU